AUGGGUCCGAAAAGAAAACGCAGCAGACGUUCUACCACCACCUCCUCGGUGUAUAAUCGAGAAGAUGCGGAUUUGGAGCUGUCCAGUAACGAUAAUACGAUCUUCAAGGUGGAUUCAUUCUACCUAAAGGCUCACAGUGAGGUAUUCCGCAAUAUGUUCACCGAUCAAUUAUUCACCAAUUCGGCUAUCCCUAUCGAUCUCUCAUCCAAAGAUCUGACAUGCCUACUUGACAUAAUGAUACCGAACCUUGGGAUACGUUCAUACUGGCAAGAACAUAAAGAUGUCGAUUUGGCCAGAUAUGCUAUAGAAUCGAUUGCUAAAUUCAAGGAUAAGCAUUUGAUCUCAGCUGGUAACAUGCCACUUAGCAUGGCCGAGACAAUCGACCUACCGUUCUUGUUACCUUUAUUGGAACAAGUGCAGGUUCACUCUGCGCAAAUCUACACCAUGGAGAAUAGGUAUACAGAAGGUCAAGUGAGGGAAAUUUGGGCGAAGAUAGCGAAGGAUCCUCAGCCGAGAGAAUGA